AUGCGUGGUGAAGGUGCGUAUUUACGUUUACCUGACGGUGAACGCUUUAUGCUGCGCUUUGAUGAACGCAUCCGUCAUGUCUGGUUAGACAUCAGUCAUAAACCGGCUGAAUUUGUUAAAGAACAUUUCCCGACCUUAUAUGCGCGCUUAUUAGAACUCGGUAUUGAUAUCACCAAGGAUAUGAUCCCCGUUGUUCCAGCAGCACACUAUACUUGCGGCGGCGUGGUGGUUGAUGAGCAUAGCCAAACUGAUUUAGCUGGUUUAUAUGCAAUUGGUGAAACGUCGUAUACAGGGUUACAUGGGGCUAACCGUAUGGCCAGCAAUUCACUACUUGAAUGCUUUGUAUAUGGUAUGAGUGCUGCCAAGGAUAUAGAAGCAAAGUUUAAUCCUCACUUUGAUAUACCGACCGUGCCUGAAUGGGAUGCUUCACAAUCGACCAAUCCUGAUGAAGAUGUUGUGAUUCUGCAAAACUGGGAUGAGCUCCGCCAAACCAUGUGGAACUAUGUCGGGAUUGAUUAUCAUGUCAGUAAGAACUUGAUUGAACUACGUAAUUUGGUCAUGGUUUCAGAGAUGAUUGUUCGUUGUGCCAUGCAGCGUAAAGAAUCACGAGGUCUACACUACACGCUUGAUUAUCCUGAGCUUUCACCUGAGUUAAGAAAAACGAAUAAGUUCCUGUCACAUGUGCAACAGGAUCAUCCGAACCUAAAGAAUAAAUCCAGACCUCACCUACAAUUAAAGCUUUACCCACUUUCAUCAAUUUACAUACGCCACGAAUAUCAACACCACCCGUUGGCUUGCAGUGCAAAAUCGGCCAAGGCCAUCAUGGUUGGACCUGAAACAGUUCCACCUGGUCGUAUAUCUUGA